CGAGGUGAAUUGCAUCGUGAUUUCAUCCAAGCGCAGCUGCAAGACACACUGGAAUGGAAACAGGCUUUUUCUAUUUGCAAACGGUUGUUUCCGAGGCUUUUCCUCUCGCAGUCGUCCUCGUGCAGCACUUCAGUGUUUUCUGUCUCACCACAGGAGUUGGAUUUUAAUACUGUGAAGCCUCAUGGAAUCAGAUGCCGGACAGGUUUGGUCUCCAGCUGGAUUAAAAGCAUCCUUCAGUCAGAUGAGCGGCACGACAGACACUGAGAGCUGAGGUUGUGUCAGAAUAGCAGGCGAGGAUGAAACUAAAGCCCAGUAAAAGAGAUUCCCUCUGGGGGAGCCAUAGACAGAUGUGGAGCCCCUGGAGCCACUGACCUCAUGUCCGGAUGAUCUAUGGAUGAAGACCACCAGCCCUCAAGAGUCAAUCUUCCACUGCUGAGCAAUUCCACAUUGGCAGAUGCAAACAAAUGUUGCUCGGUAAUUGCUGAGUAUCAAUGGUCUGAACAUUCAGUUCCUAUGCUUGAUUUUCUCAGUUAGCUUCCUGUUACAAGAAAAACAACCUACCACAACAAUACUUAGCUUAGAGAACUCUGACCCACAAUCCAGCAAAUGCAUGCAAAGUUUCCGGGAAAGCCCAUGUAUACACACAUUACCUUCCAAUCGCAUGACCGUGGAAGAGGAAAGUUAUACCGUCUCAUCAAGAAUGCUGAGGUCGGGCAGGCGUGCGGUCUAACAGGAUCAAUACAACGCUGAUUUAUGAGCAAAUUUCUCUUCCAUUUAGUGUGGUGGGGAAGAAUCAUCUGCCAAGACCAGCAUUGUGAAACCAAGUUCCUUUGGUCCUAUAAGAGUUGAUUUCCAUUGCAAAGUAACCCUGCUCUAGACCUUUUUGGCUCUCUGUAUCAUUUAAGAAGACUCUUGCAAUGCAGUGUGAAUUAAACUGUCAGUCGGAAGCAAUUGGCUUUUUAAAAGAAUAAGAUCUUUUUACUCUGUUCCUGCUUCGUUUAUGACAUAUUGGAUAUGCAAAUGCCUUCAAAAUGCACAGAAUUGGGUUGAAAAAGCAGCACCUCCAACCAGCCAAGCUUGAUCCCGCUGAUUUAUAGCCCAAGUCGGACCAAGAACAAGGUUUUCACAGUUCGCUAUGGUUUUUCAAAAGUUGCUUUCCAUUGACACCUAAUCCUGAUCUGGAUCUUUUUUGAAACUUUGUAUCAUUUUACGCUAUUUCUUCAGAUUUACAAUCAGUUCAACCCUCGCAAAGCAGUAAAUCAACUGUCAGUUGGAAACAACUGCUUUUUUAGUAAAAUAAGUUAUUUUUACUUUAUUCCUGCAUCAGGUUUACAAACCAUUGGAAAUGUUAAUACCUUCAAAGUUAGCAGAACUGGGUUGAAAUGGCAGCCACUCCAACCAGCACAUUAAAGCUUGACCCUGUUGAUUAAUGGGCAGAUUUCUCUUUCAUUUAGUGCAUCAGUGAAGAACUAUCUUCCAAGACCAAGACUGUGAAACAGGUCCCUUUGGUUUUCAAGAGUGGUAUUUUUAUUGAAAAAGUUUGGUCUGGACUUUUUUUUGAAACUUUGUAAAAUUUAGAACUGUUCCUUCAGAUUUACAAUCAAUCAGAGAAGAAUCAUUUGCAGAGACCAAGAUCGUGAAACAGCUCUCUUCAGUCUUCAACAGUUGCAUUUCCUUUUCAAAGAAGACCUAGUGUAUAUAUAUAUACUUUUUUGGCCCUCUGUACCAUUUAACGCUUAUCCUUCAGAUUUCCAAUCAAUACAACCCUAGCAAAGCAGUGUGAAUCAAACUGUCAACUGGGAGCAAUUAGCUUUUUAGUAGAGUAAUUUCUUUUUACUUUGUUCCUGGGUCAAGUUUACAAAAUACUGGAAAUGCAAAUGCCUUCAAAGGGUUGAAAAACAACCGCUCCAACCAGUCCUACAAAGCUCGACCUGCAACUUCAAGAGUCCUUCAAACCCAAGUGCAACAGAGUGGACAACAUUGCUGUGAGUGAGUGCAUGCGGUGGUGGCCCUCAGCAUGGUGUUGCCACCACCGGACAAGCGGCAUGUGUGUCUUACCACCAUUGUCAUCAUGACCAGCAUGGCCUUCAUGGACGCCUACCUGGUGGAGCAGAAUCAGGGACCACGAAAGAUCGGCGUCUGCAUCAUUGUACUUGUUGGGGACAUCUGCUUUCUUAUCGUCCUUCGCUAUGUGGCAGUUUGGGUUGGAGCAGAAGUGCGGACGGCUCGACGAGGAUACGCCAUGAUCCUUUGGUUCCUCUAUAUCUUUGUGCUGGAGAUCAAACUUUACUUUGUCUUCCAGAACUGUAAAGCUGAUCGCAAGAGUCUGGAGACUGUCGCCCGGAAGGCUUUGACUUUAUUGUUAUCUAUUUGUGUGCCAGGCCUCUAUCUAGUUCUGGUGGCUCUGGACAGCAUGGAAUAUGUCCGUACCUUUCGGAGGAAAGAAGACAUGAGGGGUCGGCUUUUCUGGGUGGCUCUGGAUUUGCUGGACCUGCUGGAUAUGCAGGCAAAUCUUUGGGAGCCACAGCGGACUGGUUUGCCCAUUUGGGCGGAAGGUUUGAUGUUCUUCUACUGCUACAUUUUGCUUCUGAUUCUUCCCUGUGUGUCCCUGAGCGAGAUCAGCGUGCAAGGUGACCACGUGUCGCCCCAGAAGAUGAUGCUCUAUCCUCUUCUCAGUCUGGUCACCAUUAACAUCGUCACCAUCCUCAUACGUGGCGUCAACAUGGUGGUCUUCCAGGACAGCCGGGUUUCCACCAUCUUCGUUGGCAAGAAUGUGGUGGCCAUCGCGACCAAGGCAUGCACCUUUCUCGAGUACCGGAAACAGUCGCAUGAAUUCCCAAAUCGAGAGAACACAACCGGAAUUCCCAUGGAAGUCCAGCAGAACUCGGUGGGACAUGGACAAGCUCUUCCUAAUGCCACAAGCCUUCCACAUGAACCCACUUCAGCACGGGAGAUGAUGGAUACAUGACCAAGGAACCAAAAUGAAGGAUCUUGUUUGACUUGGAGCCAACAAUAAGCAUUCAAACCACCAGAUAAGAACUGAUUAACUGUUUUGGGGUCCAGCAUCAUGAAGUGCUGCAUCCUGUUGUGAACUGAAGUAAAUCAAGCAAAUAUGAGCUGUUGUAAAAAAUAAAAUAAAUAAAAACAAUGUUUUAUAAUUCGUUCACCACAGUUGGACGAACAACCACAAUGAACAACCAAGCUGUUUUCUUUCUGUACAGUAGCAAACGGACUGUGGUGCAAAAUACUUGUUUGAGAGACCAAACUGUUUCCAUCCACUUUUUUUGUGUGUGUGACUUCCUGUUGCUGAGGUGCAUCAGAUAUUUUCCUCUCUUGCAAGUAAUGAAUGCGGGAAUGGAAAAAGUGUGCAAUGAAUUUAUCAAUAAGGGAGCUAGUUAGGUCAGGUUGAUGUUUAGACCAAAUGUUGGGGAGUAGUCCUACAUGCCUGCAGUAUGUGUUUGCACUUGUGUAUUAUGAUGUGUUGACAUUUAAAGAAAUGAGAAUGAGAGGAAAAAGAAAGAAAUUUGUGUGCGAUGACCUUUAUGGAAUUGUUUAGGAAAAAGUCAGUGAAUGCACUACCACUUGGUUGGUAUAUUGAUUAUUAUUGCUAUCAUUGUUAUUAUAAUUAUUAUAUAUACCACUUGUGUAUUUGCUUUUUUACACUUUUGUUUGAGGAUUCAGUGGUAUUUAAUAAUAAAAAAUA